AUGGCCUGGGACUCCCUGUGCAGCGGGGACUUACUGCGCCCCAAGAUCAGAAGCGCCUCAAGCCGGACGCCUGGCAGCCCGAGCAGUGCCGAACCACCGUCCCUGGAGGAGCUGCGGCGCCUGCUCUGGACACGCACACACCCCCCGGGGCACGUGGAUGAAGUCUGGCCAAACCUUUACGUGGGAGACCUGUACAUCGCUCGUGACAAAGAGCAGCUGAGCCGAAUGGGCAUCUCCCAUGUUGUGAAUGCCGCUGCCGGGCGAUUUCACAUCAACACCGGACCCAAGUUCUACAAAGAUCUGCCCGUGGAUUACUACGGAGUAGAAGCAGAGGACAACCCAAACUUUGAUCUCAGCAUUUACUUCUACCCAGUUGCUCAAUACAUAAAAGCAGCACUGAAUUCCCCAAGAGGCAAAGUACUAGUUCACUGUGCAAUGGGAAUCAGCCGAUCUGCAACUCUCGUCCUUGCUUUCUUAAUGAUCUGUGAAGAUAUGUCCCUUGCUGACGCAAUUCAGACUGUACGCUCACACAGAGGGAUCUGCCCCAACUCCGGCUUCCUCAAGCAGCUUUGGGAGUUGGACCUCCAGUUAGGAAGAGGGAACGGCAGAGGAGCAGAGGUCUGCUAGUGCCAAGGGGGCACGUCUCCUGGCACCAGACCAAGAGAUGCUGCCCUUACUGAAGACAGUGCAAGGAUGCUGUCAGGACUGCCCUGUAGCUGCACUGAGAAACGCCUUGGGAAAUGGCUGAGCACAAGCAACUUGGUAGGAGUUCAGUAUGUAUAUUUUGGGUAAGCCCACUAAUGGAAAGAAAAUGAAAUAAAGAAGGAUUCAAA